AUGACUGAAGCAUCACCGACUCAAUUUGCUUAUCGUUCGGCUAGUAAUUUGGGUUUAGUCUUUGGACACCCAAGUUAUAAGCCCGUAAAAAACUUUCAAAAUAAGGAUGGUAAAUAUCUUGGUUGGGCCUCUCCAGAAAGCGUAAAAAUCAUUGAAACUGAGAAUGCUCAACUUAAGAGUGAAAUUCCAAAGGAACAAAAGGGGAAAAGCGUUUGUACCGAAACCGUGCCAGAAGAAAAUAUUGCUGAUGCUAAAAACGAUCAGCUUGUGAGUAAAGCCCCAAAGAAAAAAAUCGUUGAAAUCGGAUUCUCACCAAAAGGAACAUAUAUUUCUACUUGGGAGCGUCCAGUUAAAUUAUCUGAUGGAUCAGUUCAUAAGAAUUUGAUUAUCUGGGAGGUGCUUACUAGAGAGGAAUUGAUUUCUUUCACUCAAAAGAGUCAGAACAAUUGGAAUGUUCAAUGGACUGAAGAUGAAGCGUUUUUUGGUCGAAUCGUUACUGGAGAGGUCCAUUUUUAUGACAGUAAACGUUUGGAUAAGGGGGUUCAUAGUAAAUUACGGUUGGAAAAUAUCAGCGAUUUCUCUUUAUCACCCGGAAAGAGUCCCUCGAUAGGUGUAUUUGUCCCAGAGAAAAAAGCCGCACCUGCUAUUGUUCGAAUAUAUUCCAUUACCAACUUUAACGCUCCUUUGGCACAAAAAACGUUUUAUAAAGCUGACAAAAUCCAAAUGCAAUGGAACGAUUUAGGUACUAAUUUAUUAGUUCUGACUCAGACUGAUGUAGAUAAAACGAAUAAAUCAUAUUACGGAGAAACAAAUUUGUACUUUUUAUCAGUAGCCGCCAAUUACGAUUGUCGCGUUGGUCUUGACAAAGAUGGUCCAAUUCACGAUGUUUCAUGGAGUCCAAACUCAAAAGAAUUUGUAGUUAUCUAUGGAUAUAUGCCUGCAAAGGCAACGUUAUUUGAUCAUCGCGCAAAUCCUAUACAUGAAUUCGGUACCGAAUUUCGUAAUACUGUUAAAUUUAAUCCUCAAGGACGACAUAUCCUUUCAUUAUAUUUAUGGCAAAUAUUAUACAUUCAUUCAAAUACAUUAGAAAACUUUAAAAUUCCUUAA